UGUCGAACCCUCUAGUAUAACAACAACAUGGCGGCGAAAAGACCUAGAGAUGUCAUCGACGAAGAUGAUUUACCAAGUUGUUCAGUGCCAAAACAACCCAAAUGUCGUAUUGAUCUGUGUGCUUCUCCCGAUGGUCAUAUUUACGACACUUUAAAGCCUAAUUCUAAUCGGGCUUACGAGUGUCUCUCAGCACUGACUCCGUUGGUUGAUCACCUAUCAAACCCAAACACGUUCAUGAAACUAAUUCCCUGGAAGAUUAUCAAUACCAAUGCUGAUGACGGUGCUUCGUUUGCAGAUGCAUAUUGCAGUGUUGAUUUGUACCCGGAUGCAUAUUCUAUUGCUCUCAUUUUUCAUAAGGGUCUAGAAAUCCUGCUUGACUACAUCAUAGACAACAGAAAACCUGUAGACGAAAUGCAAGCACACUCGUUGGAAGUUUUACUUCAUUUCCUCGACCAAAAUUACUUUACAAAGCCAUGGUCAGGUAAUUUAAUGGAGACCUUAAACAGGAAGUCAGAAACCGAUGUUACUGUAUUCUUGGCGAAUCAUUUUUUUGGAAAACUAUCUCUUACUCCAAAAUUUGUCAUUAACGGGCAAUCAAAAGGAACACAAGAUGGAAUUGGCUGCAUCUGUUCCACAGAUGGCUGCAAAAUGACAGGUGUCUUUGGAGAUACAGGCAUUGGAAAUCCAGAAGUUUGGCAUGGGAACUUUGAUGUUCUACUUAACCAUACAGAUACUGCCCUGAAGAUAUCUAUUGAAGAAGAUGGGAAAAAUGAUCAUGACGACAGUCCUAGAAAAAAUGUUUUUGAGGUCAAAAGACGGACAUCAAAUAUUUGUGAAAAUGACCAGAUUUUUGCGGAGACUAUAGUCUUUUCAUUUCUUCAGAAACAACUACAUCCUUACAGGAAACACCAUUUGUAUCCUUGUAUAGCUGUGAACAAUGAAAAUUUGGUUGUGUACUUUUAUGACUCCCAGCAUGACGUAUUGCUUGUGAGCUCACCAGAGCCAUUGUUUGAUCAGAAAACAGGCCACUUUCAGCUAGCUACCAUAUUUUUAUCAUGGUUGGUGGUAAAUCAUAAAUGCUUAUGUAAUGGCCUUUCCUCUGACAUGACAGGUAAAAAAUCAGGAUUCUUUGAGUGCAGGAAAAUAGAAGUGUUUAGGGUAGGUCUGCAUUGUGGUCAAGUAGUCUCCCCUGUCAAGUCCAGCAGAAAAUACAACAAGGUGAAGGAACCUGGUAAAGAAAUUGAGCAUCUUAAUAAUAGAAGGUUACAUGCUAUGACAUGUAAAAACAAUGAGUAAAGUGGACACUUCAAAGCAAAGUCACAGUUUCACAAAAUGCAGAUUUCAUAAUUUUACUCAGAGGUUGUAGAUUUGAGUCCUAAUGACAUUAGUGUGCUUGUAAUUCAUUCCGUAGUGACUGAUCUGGCAAUAUGCUGGUAUUGGGUUGCUGUGAUCAUCAUCAAAGCACUCAAAAUUGCCGAUGUCUUUUUCAGACUUACAAGGUGUUUCUAAUAUAAAUACAAUAACAAAUCUCAUUGAAUAAUUCAUAAGUGUUAACAGAUAAAUUGUUAUAUUUGUAUACUGUGCAGCAUGCUUCAAUGAAAAAUAAAAAUUAUUGAUGACAAUGA